UUAUCUGUAAUUACGCCUAGUUGUUCACCAGCCGCUGUUACAGUGAGACCUUGUCACUGCUUGUGUGAAAAUAAUUCGAUUCUAUCCGGAAACAUGGCACUUGUAGGAAAAUGGGAGUACGUGUCCGCAGACAACAUGGACGGGUACAUGGAGGCUGCAGCGGUUCCUGAAAACUUGAGAGAAGUGGCAAGGAAAAGCAUUCCUACCUUAGAAAUCAGCAACGAUGGUGACUCAUGGACAAUUAAGACCACAGUAAGCGACAAGGUCAAGGACACAACUUUCAAGGUUGGAGAGGAGUUUGACAGCGUCUCAUUGACAGGACAAGCGCUCAAAUGCACGGUUGCCAUGGAAGGCGAGAAGAUGGUGGAGACACAGAAAGCUGGUGAUGCUACCGUCAUUGUAACAAGAGAAAAAGUUGGGGACCAGCUUAUCUCGAAAAUGACAAUCGGUGGACAAACAGCAACUAUUACGUUCAAGAAAGCAUAAUAUUCCGUUUCUAUGGCAACAGAUCAUGCAGUAUUUAAAGACUUUACCGUUAUACAUUUUGCAGCUUUUAAUUUGCUUUGUUUGAAGAAUAAAAAUAUGUUAAAACCUUUA